AUGCGUCAAUUCACUGUCAAGGUUCCUGCUACCUCGGCGAACAUUGGCCCUGGCUUCGAUGUCGUAGGACUUUCCCUUUCUCUCCACCUUAUACUCAAAGUAAGCGUUCCUCCUGCCAACGCACAAGCUUUUGUGGCCCCCGCGAUCACGUAUUCUGGGGAGGGAGCUGAUGAAGUACCUUUGGAUGCCUACAAAAACCUUACCACAAGAGUUGCGUUGUACGUUUUGCGCUGCAAUGGUAUUCGUUCUUUUCCUUCGGGACUCAAGCUCCAUGCACACAAUGAAAUACCAUUCGGUCGGGGACUUGGGUCAUCUGGAGCAGCAGUAAUAGCUGGUGUCAUUCUGGGCAACGAACUGGGCCAAUUUAAUCUGUCCAAGGAACGAUUACUUGACUUUGCGCUUAUGGUAGAAAGGCAUCCAGACAAUGUUACCGCCGCCUUGAUAGGGGGUUUUGUUGGAUCGUAUCUACGGGAAUUGGACGAGGCUGAUACAGUGGCCGCCAGUGUGCCCUUGAGUGAAGUCCUGCCAGAAUAUCCUCCUGAUGCCGGCGAGGACUGGGGUUUGAAUCCUCCUCCGCCUCCAAGCGGUAUCGGUCACUACGUUCGUUUUGGAUGGUCAGAACCCAUUAAGGCGAUAGCUAUCAUACCACGAUUCGAGCUCUCAACAGCCAAGGCCAGAGAGGUUUUGCCUUCAAUGUACACACGCAAAGACUUGGUUUUCAAUCUGCAAAGACUAGCUGUCUUGACCACCGCUCUUGCCCAAAACCCACCAGAUCCUGACUUGAUCUAUGAAGCAAUGAAAGAUCGCAUUCAUCAACCAUACCGCAAAACUUUGAUACCUGGAUUACCAGAGGUCACCUCCUGUAUCACGCCUGCAACUCAUCCGGGUCUGUUAGGUAUAUGUCUUUCUGGUGCAGGGCCCACGAUACUUGCUCUCGCGACCACAAAUUUUGAGAAAAUCGCAGAGGAUGCACGAAAAAUAUUCCGAAUUCAGGGGAUAGAAGUGGACUGGAAGGUGCUUACUAUCGCUGGAGGUAGCCAAGUAGAGUGA